CCCAUUCUUUUCCAUCAACACCUUGACCUCUUGAAUUGAUUUUAUGCCACCAUAUUCACCAUUGGUGUUGUAUCUGUACUUCCAUCACUACCCCUCUAAACCUUGGAUCUAUCUCUUUCCAUCAUUUGUUUGCCACAAACAAAGUGAUAACAAAUUUUCCUUUUAAUGCAUAUCACUCUCACUCUCCAUUUCUAUCUCUAUGUCUCAACCUCCAUCAACAUUACCUCCUCAACAUCAUGCACAUGGAUGAUGUGCAUCUCUCUCUCAUUGUUCAUUUUUGUUUGGCAAGAAUGGAGCCGGCCAAUUUGUGUUUGCAUUCAAAAUUCGGCCAGCACUAUCUCCCCUUUUUCUUCUUAUACAAGCCAUGCCUCCCACCUACCCCAAUCCAUAAAUGGGCAGCCUCCCAACCAACUCAAUCAAUGAGGAGGCUACCUCCCAACCAACUCAAUCAAUGAGGAGGCAGCCAACCCACCCCCUCUCCCUCUAUAUAAAGGGGCUUGGCAGCCCACUCCCUCCUCACUUGCUCUCAUUUCCCACUCUCCACUCCUCUCCACUCCUCUCCUUUGCCUCAUUUCUUUUCACUCCCUACUAUUUCCUCCACUCCCUCACACUCUCCUCCUCCACUUCCCCACGAAAAUGGUGCUCCCCUUGCUCCCAUGGCCGGCCAUAGCCAUGGCAAGCCACCAAGAUGAAGCUCUCCCCCUCCCUCAAGCUCAUCCUCACCAUGAGAGCCUCCCUCUCCUUCUUCUCCCUAACCUUAGAUGGUUUAAUCUCCUCUUCUUCUCCCUCCAUUGCUAAGAUUGGAUCUUGAUGCAGGUGCAUGUUGGUCCAAGCAUGGAGAAGGUUGAGCUAUCCUCAGAUCUGAAGUUCUUGAGCAAAAUCCAAAUCGAGUGGUUCAAAGUUCUGCAGAUAGAUCAAGAUCUGGUCAGAUCUGACUUUGUCGAAUUAAAUCAGGAGCUUGGAAACGAAUUUUUGAAUGAAACCAGUUGGAUGCGAACAAUUCCGGAGAAGAAGAACAAGUGGAAUCGGAUGAGAAGAUUUUAUUUAUAUUGUUGGGAUUGUUAUAUUGAUGGAGUUGAAGAAGUACAGGGACAAAUAAGCCAAGACUUGAAGGAGUUCGACAGAUGAAGAAGGAGUUGACGACGUCUAUGCGGGCUAGGAACGUCUCCCCAGUCAGUUGCCUGUAGGGUUAUGGCAGAUGACUUGGGUACUGCGCUGCUGAAGUGAUGAUGCUACUCUGAUGUUUAGUCAGGCCCUUCGAGGCUAUUAUGUAAGUAUUGGUCAUGUGACCAUGUUGUAAUUUUCUUAUUCCGCUUUGUAAUGGAUGGUGUAAUUUGAUAUCAGUUCGGUUAUGUGUUCACGGCGCACUGAUCAUGGGAUCGUGAACUGUAUACAUAACAGGGAAUUUCGGACAGCUAGUCCGGGGUCCCCACAGAGCUGGUAUCAGAGCCAUCCUGACUGUAGGAGACCUUAGUUAGCAUGGACGUUAGUUAGGAAACAAGUACUUGGACAAAACUAUUUACAAAACAAAUUGUUUCUUUAGUCGGAAGUAUAGCUUCUACUCCUCUUAUUUAUUCAAAGCUUCUAAAAUUCUUGCCUCUCCGCUUUAUAAAAAGGUUUGAAAAUUCUUACUCUAUUGUCUCAGCCAAUUCAACCUACAUAUUGGACGAUGUCCCCAACUCAGACUGGAGACUCGAACUCGAAGAUGGCUCAAUCCCUCAGGAAGACUCAUAUAUCUCCAACUGCAGCUAUUGAAGAUUGGAUGCCGACGUAGCCGUGUGCUUGUUGGGAUGAUAACAUCAUGUCUUUGGUUGUCACCAAAGUCUUUCAAGGAGCUGACCUUCUUCCUCCGUGGACCUGCACUUUUUGCAGUCAUCUGGGAUCAAGUCCUCAGUUCUUGACUAGUAAUUUUUAGGCCAGCUACAAGAAGUUGACGAUUUCGGGAGUACCUCAACAACUACCUCUUCGAAGACCUCACGUCCCCGGGAUGUUGAGCAAGAAGACUACGCAGUUUUCUCCUCCGCCUCAACAUAGAAGACCGAACACCAGGCCUGCUUCGCAACCAACUGCCCCGAAAAUCCAUGUUGGAGUCCAUAAGAGCAAAAUGAAGAUGGCAACAUAUGUGACCAGCCCCCAAACCAAUAGGAUGGAUAGGACAAACUCAAUCGCUUUGAUUGAGCUACCCCCACGCAUUAGGCAUUCCAUGGGUACUUAGGUUACCAUGCCUGGUUUGAUGAUUGCUUGUAGUUCCCUUGUGUGCUGCCUUGAGUGUCUUUUGUUUGUUUGUUGUGUGUAUAAU